AUGUGGGGGGUCCACGGGGCUGUGACCCCCUCCACUCCUCCCCACCCUCCAUUCCAGGUACCCCCACAGACACAGGUUUUGCCGGUGCUGCCGCUCCCCCGGGUGGAUUCUCCCCCACACCUGCCGGGUUGGCGGUGCCGCGCUGGGACGGGCCGGGCCGGGCGCCGCCCGCGCUCCCGCCGCGCCGGUUCCGCGCCAAUUUCCAGCGAGCGGGGAGGCGGCGGCGGCCUUGCCGGGAUCAGGCUGGGCGGGGGGCACCGCCGCCCUCCUGCGCUCCCCCUCCCGCGGGGCCGAUCCAGCACCCACCCGCUCCUGAGAGUGCUGAGGGGACGUGUGAGGGGACAGGGCCACCGCCCCGCCCCCCCCGCGCUCCCGCCUGACUGCGAGUGCGGCUCCCUCCAAAACCUGAGGGGGAAGGAAGGGGCUGCCGGGACGGCGCCUUACACGCGGGACACCCACCCCCUGCCAAGACACCCCUCACAGGGACCCUCCGAGGCGGGGACUGGGGCUGUGAGGGGGUGUCCCCACGGGCACCCCACUCCGAGGGCGGAGGCGGGGAAGCGGGGACCAGCAGGGUGCAGCGCGGGCGGCGGUCGGGGUCAGCCCGCCAAGCGGCUCGGCCGGCAUCCCCGCCCCCAGCGCGCCCGGCUCCCUCCAAAACCGGGCAGCCCGCCCCCCGCGGGGCUCUCCGAGAAGGGCGCGGGGCAGCCGAUGGCGGGAUCCCGCCGGCACCCCGCGCUGCUCCCGCCGGGUGCGCUCGCCCGGGCCAUCGCCGCUCACGGCCCCCUGUGGAUGGGGCCGCUCGUGGGGACAUCCUCCCCCAGCCCGCUCUCCUCAGACACUCUCCCUCCAAAACGCUGCCGGGGCGGGCGGGCGAGCAGGCAGCCCGCCUUACUGCUCCCGGUCACUGCUCCCGCCUCACCGCUCCCGCCUCAUCAAUCCCAGUCACUGCCCCGCGCCGCCGCCAGUGCGCCCCUGACAUCCCCCAACACCGGCACCGGGUCUGCCGGUACCGCCACCACCACUACUACCAUCAUCACCACCAUUCUAACCACCACCAUCAGCGUUAGCAUCACUAUCGUUAUUAUCGCCACGCCAGCCACCCCCCGUCCCUCCCGACAGUACCCCGCGCACCUCUGUCGCUGCCGCCCGGGCCGCACUGCUCAGCUGGCGCCGGCGCCAACCCGCUAUAUAGCGCGCCGGGCCCGCGCUGCGCAUGUGCGAGGGCGGCAGGCGGCUCCCCUGCCCGCCCGCGCCCCGCUCGCCCCAGCGCCGCCCCUGGGCCGCGGGGCCGCGCCGACCCCCGCAGCCCCCGGGACACUCCGCGUCCCGCUCGCCCGCCCCGUCUCUCCCGGCAGAAGCGUCCCGGGAGAGCGGCAGGCAGCGCCGGGAGGAGCGCUGCCACCGCUGCCGCCGCCCGCUGCCUCCCGCUGCCCUGGCACCUCUCCGUCUCCCAGGGCACACCCGGCACCAUCGCCCCGCUCCGCUCCACCGGCCCCGCGUCCCGCCGGGACGGCGGCGGCUCCGCCGGCGGCCGCGCGCGCCCCGCGGGGCUCGGCCUGCCCGCCCCGGGGCGGGGCCGCGGCGGGGCCGCCAAUGGGAGCGCGCGGAGCGGCGGCAGCGUGCGGCGGGCACGGAUGUAAACACGGCCCCGCCCCGCCCCGCGCCCGGGACCGCCGGCGCGGCUGUCAGGAACCGCGGCACCGGCCUCCUGCCCCCCGCACACCGCCCCGCUGCUGUGGAACCGGCACCCUGACACCCUGCCGGCUGUCACAUCCCACCGCACACGGGUGGGCUGAAGAGGAGGCUCAGGGGUGA